CCUCAGGGCAGAGGGACGGGUCAUUUCCUUCCUGCUUAUCUGCACCUCCCGACGGGCCAUAAAAACCACAGACCUCGGCAGGAGGGCCCCGGCCCGCGGAGAACUAGGGAGACCGAACAUGAGAGUAGAAGGGAGGAGGAAAGACACGGAGAGAGAAACAUCGAUGAGACACAUUGAUUGGUUGCCUCCCACACGAGCCCCAGGGAUUGAGCCUGCAACCGAGGACCGCCUGGAAAACGACACCUAUGACUAUAGCAGUUAUGAUGCCUACACUCCGGACCCCAGCAGCUCAGUGGAUAACACUUCCCACACCCCGAGGCUGAGCACCCCGGACGUGCUCGCCCUGGUGAUCUUUGCGGUGGUCUUCCUGGUGGGAGUGCCCGGCAACAUCAUGGUGGUGUGGGUGACGGGGUGCGAGGCCCGGCGAGCCAUCAAUGCCAUCUGGUUCCUCAACCUGGCCGUGGCGGACCUGCUCUCCUGCCUGUCGCUGCCCAUCCUGUUUGUGACGACCCUGCAUCACCAUCACUGGUAUUUUGGGGACACCGCCUGCCACAUCCUCCCUUCGCUCCUCCUGCUCAACCUGUUCGCCAGCAUCUUGCUCCUGGCCGCCAUCAGCGCCGACCGCUUUCUGCUGGUGUUCAACCCCAUCUGGUGUCAGAACUACCGAGGGGCCUCGCUGGCCUGGGUGGCCUGUGCCGUGGCCUGGGGCCUGGCCCUGCUGCUGACCAUCCCCUCCUUCAUGUACCGGAAGGUGUACAUACAGCACUACCCCUCCAAGGUGGAGUGUGGCCUCAACUACGGCAGGAACGGCUUCCACAAGGGGAGGGCCGUGGCCACCGUCCGGCUGGUCGUGGGCUUCCUGUGCCCGCUGGUGACCCUCACCAUCUGCUACACCUUCCUCCUGCUCCGGGCCUGGAGCCGCAGCGCCACGCGCUCCACCAAGACGCUCAAGGUGGUGGUGGCGGUGGUGGCCAGCUUCUUCGUCCUCUGGCUGCCCUACCAGGUGUCCGGGAUGCUGCUGGUCUUCCUGGACAAGAACCACAGCCACUUCAAAGUCGUGUCCCGGUGGGACGCCCUGUGCGUCUCCAUCGCCUACGUCAACAGCUGCGUCAACCCCAUCAUCUACGUGGUCGCCGCCCAGGGCUUCCAGGCCCGGGUCCUCCAGUCCCUCCCCGCCAGGCUGCGGAACGUGCUGACCGAGGAGUCCACGGGCAGGGAGUCCAAGUCCUUCACGUCCAAGUCCUUCACGCUCUCCACGGGGGACCAGAAGAGCCAGGCGGUGUAGGGGGCACCUGCCCGCCCCUCUGCCUUCCUUCUGCUCUGUUCUCUUCUGCUUCUUUCAGCUCAGCCCUGGGUGAUCCGGGGUGUUUCAGGGAGCUCUCCGCCAUCCUUCCUCAUUUUCAAGACCAGCAAAGCCUGCCUGCUGGGGCCACACAACCUUUCUCUUCGCCUAAGGACGUAGAAAAACAGACACCAAUAUGCCAAGAGUUGCCCUGGUCGGCUUGGCUCUGUGGACAGAGUGUCGGCCUGCGGACUGAAGGGUCCCGGGUUCGAUUCCCGGUCAGGGCACCUGCCGGGGUUGCGGGCUUGAUCCUCAGUAGGGGGUGUGCAGGAGGCAGCCAAUCAAUGAUUCUCUCUUAUCAUUGAUGUUUCUAUCUCUCUCUCCCUUUCCCUUCCUCUCUGAAAUCAAUAAAAAUAUAUUUAAAAAAAUAUAUAUAUACUAGAGGCCCAAUGCAUGAAGAUUUGUGCAAGAAUGGGCCUUUCUUUCCCUGGCUGCUGGCACUGCCUUCGCUCCGUCUGGAGCCGCCUUUCUGCCUUCUCACUGGAGCGGCUGGGGGUGGUGUGGAACACAAGCAUCCUUCCCUGCCCCCAUCCGAUCAGCACCUGCGUAUGCAAAUUAACCUGUUGUAUUUGUUGGGUUAAUUUGCAUACUCACUCCUGAUUGGCUGGUGGGCAUCGUGAAAGUACGGUCAAUUUGCAUCUUGCUCUUUUAUUAGCGUAGAUACCAGGAGUACUCCCAGAAGGCAACAUGUUUGCACUGGGAGAGAGGGUGCAAAGAAAAUGCAGUAAGCCCCAGCCAGUGGUUCAGGUGGCUCAGUGGAUGGGAGCGGUGUCUCCUAUGCCAAGAGGUGGCGGCGGGUUCGAUUCCUGGUCAGGGCUCAUGCCCAGGUUGUGGGUUUGAUCCCCGGUCUGGGCACGUAAGGGAGGCAACCGAUCUAUGUUUCUCUCUCUCCCUUCCUUUCUCUGAAAUCAAUUAAAAAAUGUAUUUAUUAAAAGAAGGAAAAUACAGUGAAAUCAUAGAAAACAGAGGCAUGGAAACAUUCCAAUCUUUCAAAAAUGCUUAUGUAUUUAUUUUAUGGGGAGUUGGAAAAAAUAUGUAACGUUAUUCUUGUUUAGGACAAAGCAAAUUACACGGACCUAUGCCUGGCCAGCAUGGCUCAGUGGUUGAGCAUCGACCUAUGAAUCAGAAGGUCACGGUUCAAUUCCCGGUCAAGGGCACAUGCCCGGGUUGUGGGCACGAUUCCCAGUGUGGGGCGCGCAGAAGGCAGCCAAUCAAUGAUUCUCUUUCAUCAUUAAUGUUCCUCUCUCUCUUUCCCUAUCCCUUACUCUCUCUGAAGUCAAUAAACACAUAUUAAAGCUCUAGCUAGUUUGGCUCAGUGGAUAGAGCGUUGGCCUGUGGACUGAAGAGUCCUGGGUUCGAUUCCAGUCAAGGGCACGUGCCUGGAUUUCGGGCUCAAUCCUUGGCAGGAGGCAGCCGAUCAAUGAUUCUCUCUCAUCGUUGAUGUUUCUCUCUCUCUCCCUCCCUCUCCCUUCCUUCCUGAAAUUAAUAAAAAUAUAUAAUAAAAAACCCCUACAUGGACCUA